AUGCCUUCUAUCCAGGAAAACAAGACCAACCUCAUCGCUAAAGCGAAAAACAUGGAGGAAAACCUCAUCAACGUGUCCGCCGACGCCGCAACGAUCGAGGCUUGCUUCGCUCUCAUCGCCAUGUCCCGCGGCACCCAUGAAAUCAAGCAACGCUGCCAAACCUCCGGUUGCAACAAGUUAGUCAAGACCUCUCUCUAUUGUAAACCCUGUCAGGCUCGUGCUAGUGCUCGCGCUCGCGCUCGUUCUCACAAGCACCAUCUGACAGGUGAGCUAGUAGUCCGGACUAAGAGACAGAUGGCUGAUCCAUCGGCGUUUGAGAGAGGUAAGGAGUGGGAAACUCAAGAAUGA